AUGACUUCAGAGCGUCCUGUGAUCAAAGCAGUUAUAUUUGACAGUGAUGGAACAAUAAUAGACUCUGCAGCAAUAUUCUGGAACAUUUGUUAUAAGAUAGCAGGUCAUGAAUUUCCGACAGAUUUUUACCUAGAACUUAAUGGACUUAAAGACACAGAUCUUGCUGCCCGUGUUAUCAAACGUUACAAUCUAAAUAUGACUCCAGAAGAAUUCCUUCAUCAAAAAGACAUUUUGAUGGACGAAGAAAUUGAACAUUUGCCACUCAUCAAAGGAAUCGAUCAAAUCAUAUACAAACUACAUGAUAUGGGCAUACCUAUUUCAAUUGCUACAGGAAGUCAAAGAAUUCCUUUCGAAAGAAAAUACGUUAAUCAGCCAAUCAUUAAACUUUUCAAACACAUCAUUACAGGAGAAAAAUGUAAAGUUGGCAAACCAGAUCCUACAAUUUUCCUUUCUGCCAUGAAGAUGAUGGGUGAUUUUAAGCCAGAAAACGUUUUAGUCUUCGAAGAUGCAUAUCUUGGUGUCUUGGCCGCACAGCGCGCCGGAAUGCAUUGUGUUUAUGUGCAUAACGAUCCUUCAAACGUCGAGGAGCAAUUCAAAAUAUUUGGAAUCAAAAAUGCUGUUCCUCAUGAAAAGAAUUGGUGUGAUUUUGAUUUCAAUAGAUAUAUUUGGGAACCACAAAAGUGA